AUGGAAAACCUAACUUUAAGCGAACUGUACACAUCGGAAAAGCUAGGCAACGAUGAAACGGGCAAAGGUACCUCGGAUGAUCCGUUCAAAACCAUCCUCCGUGCGAUGAAGCAUGCCGGAAAGGAACCGUUCCCGGUCAUCUACGUCGAUAGCAAGGACGAGAAGUCUCCGGACAAAUACGAGCUAGCCGCAAAGUCGCAGCUCAAGAAAAUCCAGAAGAUCUGGGCCCGGGACAACCUUAAGGGUGACAAGCAGAAACGUGAGGAGGAAGAGAAAGCCAAGAACCGCGAACAGAAUCUGGAAGAGGCGAAAAAGAUCACCAUCCAGGAGGAUCCGUCCUGGUCGGUGGCCAAAUCGAUCAAGAUCGCGCACGGUACCGAUAACCGUGGUGUGCGCGUACGUAUUUAUGGCUGGGUGCAUCGUUUGCGCCGGCAGGGCAAGGGACUAAUGUUUAUCACACUGCGAGACGGAACCGGCUUUCUGCAGUGCGUGCUGACGGAUACCCUGUGCCAAACGUACAAUGCGCUCGUACUAUCGACGGAAUCAUCGGUGCAGCUGUACGGUACGCUGAAGGAGGUUCCGGCCGGCAAAACGGCACCCGGCGGUCACGAACUGCAUGUGGACUACUGGGAACUGAUCGGCCUGGCACCGGCCGGUGGUGCUGACGCAAUUCUAAACGAAGAAGCACACCCGGACGUGCAGCUGGACAACCGGCAUAUUAUGAUCCGGGGCGAGAACACGUCCAAGAUCCUGAAGAUGCGCGACGUGGUAAUGCAAGCGUUCCGUUCGCAUUACUUCGACCGUGGAUACACGGAAGUGACGCCACCAACGCUCGUUCAGACACAAGUCGAAGGUGGUGCCACCCUGUUCAAAUUGGAUUAUUUCGGUGAGGAGGCUUUCCUUACGCAAAGUUCCCAGCUAUACUUGGAGACGUGCGUUCCGGCGCUGGGAGAUGUGUUUUGUGUGGCGCAAAGUUAUCGUGCCGAGCAGAGCCGCACCCGUCGGCAUCUGGCCGAGUACAGUCAUAUCGAGGGCGAAUGUCCAUUCAUUACUUUCGACGAUCUGCUCGACCGGCUCGAGGAUUUGAUUGUGGAUGUCGUUGAUCGUGUACUGAAAUCACCGUGGGGUUACAUGGUGCAGGAACUGAAUCCGGGCUUCGUUCCACCGAAACGACCGUUCCGUCGUAUGAACUAUGCGGACGCGAUCGUCUGGCUAAAGGAGAACAACGUAACAAAGGAGGAUGGUAGCUUCUACGAGUUCGGGGAAGAUAUUCCCGAGGCACCGGAACGUAAAAUGACGGACACGAUCAACGAACCGAUUAUGUUGUGCCGCUUCCCGGCCGAAAUCAAAUCAUUCUACAUGGCCAAAUGUGAGGAUGAUCCGCGUCUGACCGAGAGCGUCGAUGUGCUGCUGCCGAAUGUGGGCGAGAUCGUUGGUGGAUCAAUGAGGUCCUGGAAGUAUGACGAGCUGCUGGAUGGCUACAAACGCGAAGGGAUCGACCCGAAACCGUACUACUGGUACGUGGAUCAGCGUGUGUACGGUACGCAACCACACGGUGGUUAUGGUUUGGGAUUGGAACGAUUCCUCUGCUGGCUGCUGAACCGUUACCACAUUCGUGAAGUUUGUCUGUACCCACGGUUCCUGGAGCGUUGCAAACCAUAA